AUGAGCUCGCCACCGCCGCCACAGACACUCCUUAGCGGGGCGAUUACAUUUUUUCCGCCUCUUACCGAAUACAAUCUCGUGUCGGUGGAUAGCCGUUCCCCACUAACGACUCCUACGCACCCUAUCCAUGGAGUCCUCCACGACGCCCAUGAGGUCGGUGACGGCGACGACAGCUCCGCCCACGACCACGACCACAACCGCAAGGGCCAUGAAUCAGACGGCUCUAGUGAGUCCUCGCCCCCGCGGUGUCUGAUCCCCAACAGCUCUGCCGACUGGGAAGCCAGAAAGAGCAUCAUCAAGGAGUACUACAUGGAUCAGAAUCUUAUUCUCAACGACGUCAUCAACAUCAUGCAGGAGCAGCACAGGUUCAAAGCCACUGCGAGAAUGUACAAGGGCCAGUUCGCCAAGUGGAAGUGGACCAAGUACAACAAGUCGGGGAAGCCCGGCGCCACAAAGCCGCCGUGCUCGAGGACAGCACGGAGAAAGGGGGUGAUGGCUCGGUCCGAGAGCCGCGACGUUGAACGCGCCCCCCGGGACUGCCGCCCGCCCAAGCAAUACCUCACCACCCAAGAAUACCUCCCGUGCCAGGAAUACCACUCGUCGACAUCCCCCAGCCUACUUCCGUUGCUGUAUCAAAACGAUGAAGCAUUCCAGCUAGAGGUAGCUUUGAGCGCCUACAGUGCCUACAUCUCUGCAUGGUGCCAGCGGAAGACGCCGUGGAGGACCGAGUCCUACCCUAGCGGGGCCGCAGCCCGGAAGGUCUCGAUUUUGCAGCAGUUCAACAUCGCCUCCAAUCACUUCAACUCUGGUCGGCCCGAAAAGGGGGGAAAUGCCCUGCGGCAGGCCUUUCGAAAGGUCGAAGAUGCCGUGGCAAACGAGCUCGAUGUCGAGGCCAUCUGGGACUGCUGUCUCGCUGUGCCACAGCUCGCUCUAAGCAGAGGCUGGGCGGACAUCUUGGUCAUGUUUACCGAAUACCUCUACGAAAUAGCGAGCGUGAAGAAGCCGGGACACCCC